AUGGUGUUCGCCAAUAUUCGCUCCUUUCUCCGUGGUUACGAACUCCCCGCCCUUCCACCACCGCCAUCGACUGAGCGAAGUGUCUCCGACGUCUCCUGGAUCCUACUUUUCCUGCAGGGGCGACUCGGCCUUCAAGCUCCUGUUGCCCACUCAUCAUUCCUCAAGCCGCGUCCUGGAACAGUGGAGUUUGUCCUUGACCGCGACGGCCCCGUGUCGCUAUUCAGCGUGCUCGAACGACACCUCCGUGCACAUCCCAUCGCCACCGAGGUCGGUCAGUUCACCGAUGCUGCACGACUCUUCACGACCAUCUUCACCCACUAUCCGCCGGUUGCAGACGCAGAGUACAUCACCAGCCUGUUACGCGACCUGCUCCUUGUACCAGCGCGACUCAUCGAGGGGCUAUACUUUGAGAAGCGCGCCGUGGAGGACGAAACAGUGCGCGAUAUCCGCUGGGAAGAUGUGUCCGAGCGUACCACGAUAUCGUUUGCGAACAAGUAUGCCGGACUCGUUCCACUACUAGAGCCGGUUAAGUCAUCUCCGGGCAAGCGGAAGAGGAGUUCAACAGUGUCGCGCGUGAUCCCAACAGUGCUCAGCUUCGAGGUACAGCCCGAGCGCAGCCCGCUCGUACUCACGUUUGGCACGGUCAUCGGCACCAGCGAUCCGGUCCUGGCAAUCGAAGUCGUGCCCAGUUUCACCCAGGAAGACAUCCUUGCUCUGCAUGCGGCCCUGCUCAGCAAAGACGGAAGUGGCCUGUCUCUCGAAGCUGCAGGAUAUGCCGACCCCAUCGUUCCCGAUGGCUUGAGGGUCAAGCUGCAAGCGCCCUCACGUGUUCCCGACGGAGUGGUCACAGCUCUCCUCGAAGUGUUCGGGCGCAUGAUGCUCCACCGUCGCACGCAGGUCGUGCUGACAAACUGGGACGUGUUCUUGACACUGCGCCUCGCACCUGACGGGCGAGUGCACGUGUCGCCACCAUAUCUGCGCGACCGGCGGGGUAUCCCUCGACACUUGCCGCCUCAGGGCCCGCUCGAGCUUCUCGUGGCACUGCAGCUGGUCAUGCGGCUCAACACUGAGAGAGGACUGCGCAAGGCACUCGAUCUGAAGGGCGGAGACGAAGUAGAAGUGUGGAACUAUAACGGCGCUCAUUGGUUCGCUGUCCGUGACGGCAAGUCCGCGCUGAGCGUGGGGUAA